ACACAGCUUUACGCAACAACUGGGCAGUUUCUGGAGGUCGAUUUAAGAGCUCUCAAAAGGUUACUUGAAUACAUCUUUCCCAGAAAUCUCCCCUUAAAGCGCGUUUAGACUCGGUUUAAACUGAAAUGCGUGGUCGAGGUGUUUCGACGCUUGUGUUGGUGUUGCUGUGGUGCUGCGGGAGCGCGCCGGGUGAACGGGGACUGAAGGUGUCCAGGAGAGCACCGAGGACUCGCUCAUGCCUGGACUUACCAGAGGAGAUUCUGGAGCAGAUGUUCGGGAGGCUGUCCGUUGGGGUGCUCAACGCGUUUCAUCACACCCUGCAGCUCGCCCUUCCAGAGCGACAGAAUCUGACCUGUCAAUCAGCGUCUCGCCUGGCGCGCGACAGACAACGACCCCCAGUCAACUUCCUCAGCCUCUCGCCGUGGGCGUACAGAAUCUCUCAUGAUCCAGCGAGGUACCCUCGAUAUCUCCCUGAGGCGUAUUGUUUGUGUAAGGGAUGCCUGACCGGACCGAACGGGGAGGAAAGUGACCGCUUCCGCAGCACUCCGGUGUACACGCCGACCGUCAUUCUGCGCCGGACCGGCUCGUGCGUCGGGGGCCGUCGCUCCUACACCGAGAGCUACGUGUCCGUCGCCGUGGGUUGUACUUGUGUGCCACUGCUGGAAAGAGACAGAAAAACACAGAAGAGCAAGCCAAGCGUGAAAAGAGUCUCAUCUAAAAAUCCCAGCACCUUUAGAAAGAACUAAUCUGAUUUAGUUUUAGACUUUUUUUUUUCUGUCAGUUUUCUUCUUUCCUUCAGAACUUGCUCUCACAGCUGCAGAUUCUAGUCUGCAGUGCCAAGCAAAAGGAAAACUUACUGUGCCAAGAUACAAACAUUUUCUAAUCC